AUGAAUACUCGAAGUGCCGCCGCAGGGCGCUCAGAGCGUGCAUCUGCUCAGAAUGAAAAUCGCGGACCGAGACGUAGUAACCGAAGAAACGACCCGGUUCAGCGUAAAACAAGCCCAACAAAGAAUAUUGUUACUAAGCCCGUCCCUGUACCUGAACCUAUUAGGGUUUUACUGAACGAUCCCGUCGCUCGCCGUAAUCCACCCCCUCAGGCUCAAGACGACAUUAGCAUCCCGUCGAUUCCACUAAAGCCUGACGAUGAAACCGAAUUCUAUGAUCCGUUUGAUUAUUCGCAACCGGAAGACUCCGGCGAAGAACUUAACGACGUCAACAGCCCCAUCGAAGAGCUUCGACUUGGUUCAGCAAUCACCAUAACACCACAGCAAAGGAUCUUGGAGCUAAGCGUUCCAGACUUAGCAAGAGCCGCUGAUAGUCUGUUUGACUGCUUCCAAGGAAAAGAAGCUGACGAUGUCUUCAAUGGAAUCUUGGCCAUCAAGCGACGUGCUUUCCACACUAUCAGAACAGAAUAUGAUGCACUUGAUCGGUCUAACACGGCACCAUUCAUUGAUUUCGCGCACUUCGUGGGUGACACUCUCACUCGAAACCAAAGCGUUAGGGUUACUCAGAUCGCACGCACCAAUGUUGUGACAGCUUACGACACGCUUUACGGGCUUGAGAAUGAGGAGACAUCGGCCAUCUUUCCUUUUCUCGAAUGCCUAAACCGGGUUUUGCCUGAAUACUUCACCCCAGCUGAUAAUAUGUUUCAAAACCCUCAGAGCACAUUACACCUACGGACCUGGUUAUUUGUCGAGGAUUAUUCUCAUCACAAGGACGAAAAGGACUUUCGGGAUCUUCUUGUUGCAUAUUUCUGCAAAGAAGAAGAAGAAAUUUUGAAGGAUUUGAACAGGUCGGGACAAGAAGGCGAAGAACGGUUUCCUUCAUAUCCACAACUUUUCUCUGGGGGUUACUUCAAAGGCCUCGGCGGUGUAGCUGGUGACGAUCACGACGUUGAUGAUCUCUGCUCAGCACGGAUCGCUGAGAUCAAGAAGAUUAUCGAUGAUAACAAGGAGGAUGGGGGAAUCUCUGAGCUAAGAAGACAUUUUCCCCUGCAUGAUUUGGUCCAAGAUCUCUUAGGAUGCUUUGAGAGCUUAUACAGAGUUUUGGAGUACGCAGAGAGCGAGAGGGUGGGUACUGAACCUUCUCAACACGGCCAGCAAGAGACUGCCUACAGCCAAGGCAAUGAUUAUGGUUCGGAGUCACAAUCAAUUGUGCGUAUGGGAAGUCAGGAGGCAGAGCCGAGUUUGUUUGUCGGGCCAAAGUCCAUUCAGGCCUUGCGUGGUGGAAGUCGAGCAACCAGUACUGUUCCCCCUUCCAACCAACAGCUUGCAGAUUUCAGAUCCGGAGUUCCCCGUGAUUAUCAUGAGCAUUCAAAUGCCGACCUCCUGGGUGGUAGCCCAUUUCCCCCCGCAAGUUCUUAUCGUUUAGCUACCCAAGGCGGGAGGGAACGAGAAAGAGGGCAGAAACGACCGCGGUUCUCCCAGGAUGAUGAAGAUGGGGAAGAUUCAUUUGAGACCGACACUCGGCGUGUUGAUCCAGCUAGGCGAGAAGAGCUACAACGACAGAUGCCGCCACCUCCAAGGCCACAACCUGUCCCACGGCGUCCUCAAAGGCAUGUUCCUGAGUCUUCAUUCUCUUCAGAUCCCGUACCCCCCCUAUCUAUGGAGCAGUCGUCGCAGGAUAUGGGGUUACGUUCAGUAUCGCAGGCGCCAAUGUCCUCCAGACCUUUCAAUGCUAUCGCAAAGGCCGCAUCACAAAGGAAAAAGGAGGUUCGUAUGGCAGAUCCAGAGCGACAAGGUCCACGGCAACGCGUUCCUUGGAGUGAGCACGACUCCCAGGUCCUUUUAGAUCUCAUCCAGGAAUACGGUGUCCGUUGGUCGUCCAUCGAAACCAUGAGUGAGCGGUUUGAAUACCCACGCAAUCAACAGGCGUACCGCGACCGUGCUCGAAACCUCAAGACGGAGAUUCUCAUGAUUGACAUGCUAUUGCCUCCGAACUUUGACGGCGUAGCUUUGAGUAAUAAAGAAAUUGCAAAGAUCAAAGGAGUUGGGAAGAAUCCGUUUCGUAAAGAGGCGGAUGUUGAUGACCAUAACAAUCCUAUCAAUACUGAGCUUGCAGAAUCCACAUUUUGA